ACGUUUUGUAUUAUCAUGAAUGCCUCAUAAACGUAGAGCUAUUCAAAUGAGGUUAAAAGAGGGACAUAAUGGAACUAUCGUUAUUCUUUGACCCGGCAUUCAGCUUGUUCAGUUGUAAAAGUACUGGGUAUAGGAGGCUGAACAACAAGCAUGUCUGAUAGGCCUAAAUCCAACGUUAAAGGAUUGCUGCAGCGCAUUAAUGAUGGUGAGACCAUCAUUGUAGCAGAGGGUUACAUUUUUGCUUUUGAGCGUAUGGGCUACCUCAAGGCUGGGCCGUUCACCCCUGAAGUUGUAGUGGACCAUCCCGAGCUUGUACGUCAGAUGUACAAGGACUUCGUGCGCGCAGGAAGUGACGUAGUCCAAGCCUUUACGUAUUACGGAAAUAGACACAAGAUGGGGGUCGUCGGCCGAAGCGACGAUCUCGAGAAUCAGAAUCGUCUCGCUCUUAAGAUGGCCCGAGAGGUCGCAGAUGAAACUGGAACACUCAUGUGUGGUGAUCUCAGUAACACAUUCGUCUACCAAUCCGAUAAUGAUGAAGCUAUAAAGAACACAAAGGAUAUGUUCAAGGAGCAAGUUGCGUGGGCCGUUGACGAAGGGGCCGAUUACAUAGUAGGUGAGACCUUUGCGUACGUCGGAGAGGCACUACUUGCAGUCGAGUCCAUCAAAAAAUAUGGAAAAGGAGUUCCUGCGGUUAUCACGCUGUCGUCACACGUGAAAUACGACGAAGAGGGCCGAACUUGCACACUCGAUGGGGUCGAAAUGAAUGAGGCGCUUCGACAGCUGGCCGAGGCAGGGGCUGAUGUGGUUGGAUUCAACUGCACACGGGGGCCAGAGACAAUCAUGAAAUUGGUCGAGAGUGCCUCAAAAGUUGGACUAAAGGUCCCAUUAGCUGUUCUCCCUGUGGUUUACAGAACGACAGACGAGUACCCAUCUUUCUCUUCCAUCCCGGACCCAAAGACAGGUGAAAGAGCCUUCCCCGACAUGGACUGCCUCUUGUGCUCACGAAGAGAAGUCGUCGCGUUCGGGCAACACUGUGCCAAGCUGAAAAUACCGUACGUGGGGCUAUGCUGCGGCAACGCCCCUCACUACACACGAGUACUUGCCGAAUCGUACGGCCGUCGCCCGAUGGCCUCCAAGUACUCGCCCGAUAUGACGAUGCAUGGGUGGUUAGGAACAAAGAAAGAAGUCGUCAAUGACCAUUAUUCUUCAGCCUACAAGACUUUCGAAAAGGAUAACUUUUAGUGCAGUUAUCAGGUUAAUUUGUGAUUCGAUUGGUACUAAUUUUUUUUAUCAUGGUAUGGUCUAGUCGGUCUGCAGGCACAGAUUCAUAUUUGACAUUUAAUGUUACACUUAUACGGCGCAUUACAUUGACAUUUUAAUGUGCUUUACAAUAACAUUAAACUGUAUAUUUUUUCAAGUUUUGCAUCCCUGUUGUCCUACAUACCAAACUUUCAAG